AUGCCGGCCAAAAGUUUCCUGGCCGUUGUUGAACCGGAUGAUGAGCAUCCGCCCCGUGAUAUGUUGCUUCCACUUCUUGGUCGGCCGCCAGGUUACACGCUGGAGCCUGGAUGGCGGAACUUAAUUGGUGCCGGGUUUGACGCUCGAGAGGGUAAUCAAUCAUGGUUUAUCUCCGCUCAGUAUCUCCCGGAGCGGACGGCCGCAACUCAUGGUUUUGCCACGGAGAACUGGGGGCCACGAGCAGCCCGCGGCGGCGGCGGGCUGUGUUUCGAUCUCCAUGGCGCCGAUGGUGGCUCGGCUUUCUCAAUUUCAGUGAAGCUGCCCAAGGAACAGCCUGUUUCUGUUAGUGCUGCGGCGGCGAGAAUGUUUCUGCUCCUGUAG